UUUCUAAGCAGUAUUAGAUUUAGUUAAUAAGACGAUUUAUCCUACUUUAGUUAUGCGGAACGCGGUGGUAAGCAAUCCUUUUAGUGUGACUAUGGGAUAGAAGCUUCCCAACUGCCGAACACGAUUAUCUGGCUUCUGCACGUCUAAUCUACGGCACGAUAAUGACAAGGCAGUGUUAUAGUGAUAUAAAACGGUCCCCAAUGAGGGCGUCUAAUUUCGCCUAACGCUGCAAAAAUUCUCCUACGCCACGGUCAGCAUAGGACGAGCCCGACACAGCGCUGUGCAUAGUUAGGAGAUACACACCUAAGUACUUCUUUUGCAUGGCUGACUUCUGGGCGACAAAAAAAGCGACUAUGGGCCUGAGAGCUCGUCGUUGGGCGGAGGCUGGCCGAUGCUUCGUCCUAUCCCCGCCAUUCCAGUGCGCAGUCCAGUUCACUGUUUGCAUUCUGUGCACGAGCGUAUUCAUCUUUGUUCGGUAGGUGUGCUUGCCUUAAUUGACCCUAACAUGAGGCUUCGUAAGUCGUCCCGACAUAGGGCAAAGUGGGUGUUACUACGACAUUGCGAGUUCAGAAAUGCUGGGAUUGUGCAUUGGCGCAAUCGCUCAUUUUUGGUGACCGAACCACGGUGACUGGAUGCUGCUGGAUGUUGCCAGGACCACCAUCGUUGUGCUGCUUAUCAGAAUCUGGAAGCGGUGCUGGAUUACGGCCCAGGACACAACAACAUGCUUUACCUGUUCCUACCUGUUUACACAUGUUUUCGCUUCCUUACUCUCCCAUUCAACACAACAAAUGCCCAAAUUCCAAAAUGCGCACCGUGGCCCUGCGACCUGCCCACAAACGCUCGGCUCAAACGCCAUCGCUUUCUUGUCACCACCCGCACCAAACACCCCACUGCAAUUAAAGCCUAAUACCUCUCCAAUUCUCCAUGACUCCCCCACGUCAAUCCUUUCCAUUCAACCGCUCGCCUAUCCUGCUAUGUUCCGGCACCUCUCCCUCCUGCACAACACAUUAAAGUUCGCACACACCUUCCUCCUGCGCCUCCUUACCUCCCGAACAUCCCCUCCUGCCUUUCCCCAUGCCACCUCCCACUGCAUGAGUCGGGCUAUGGGAUUGGGAUUCGUUGUUUCACUUUUAUAUAAUUUUUCCCACCCCUCCAGGCCCCUGCAGUUCCCUCUGUCCUGCCUGAGCGCCGUACUGGCUGCGGUCUCCCUGGCGGUGCUGUCGCCUGACAACCACCUGGGCACUCGACUGCUGGCAUCGGCCAACAUGAUGGGGGGAUUCGCUUGGGGCCUGGUGCUAGCUGGCAUUGUGCUGAACAUCGCGCACCAAGUCAAACUCGUUUACUGCGAAACCCUGGUGGGCUGCAAGGAGUACACUGCCGUACUCUGCUGCAUGGGGGUUGCCGUACUGGCGGUCCUGGUGACCAACCGCUCGGCACUCGGGGCGCCGUACAACCCCACCGUGUGGCUUGCGGGCCUUGUGUCGGUGCUGGGGUUCGGUUUGGCGCUCAUUGCGGGGCAGUUCAAGCCCGACCCCCGCGCCAUGUGGUAUCAGGACGUGAGCGGCCUCAUGUCCGCUACCUUUGUGGCUUCCGGCCUCACGGGGCUAAUCAGCGCGCUGGUGCUGCCCUCCCUGGCGGUGGACGAGCUGCGGGCCGACACGGCGGCAGCCAUACGCGGAAUUGGGCAUGCGGCCAGCAGGUUUGCAAGCCGUGCGAUGCAGCCGGAGAGUCAGCCUCUAGCUAGAGGCACCUCCCGUGAUCGCCCGCCGGCAACCGGCGCUUCUUUCGGUACCGUCGCCGCCACAAGGCCCACCACCGCCGGCCCCCAGGGCCUGUCCGGGCAACAUGCCCCUCCUCACCUCCAUCCUCACCCUCACACCCAUUCCCAAGGCCCCUCCCAAGCCCAACCCCAUCCCCAUCCCCAUCACAAUCACCUCAACCCCCAUCACGUGCCAUUACACCUAAUGGUCCAACCGCGAUACCGCCCGCAGCCGCCCAUGCGAACGGUAACCCAACUAACCAACGACAACGACCCUGACGACCUAACUGAACGGAAGAAGCUCCUCAUCCAGGGUACGACAGCAAUGGUCGCUACCAGCUCCGCCCCGGCUUUCACGGGGGAGCCCAGUAUGCCGCGUCAAGGUGUGCUGGGUCGUCCUCCAUCACCGAGGGACGGUACGGCAAGGGCCGCAGCGACAGCAGCUGUUAGCGGGACGGCAGGUACGGCAGGUGGCUUGCAUGCGCUAUCAGCGCCGAUGCCAGCGCCGCCGCCGGCGCCGCUGCAGCCGGCACCACCACCGCCUCCGCCGCUGCCAAUGCAGGCGGCGGGGGCUGUCCAUGACAGCGACACCUCCCGUCCCGCAGCCACCGCGACGUUACAGCGGCUUGCCUCACCUCCUCCACCAAGUUGGGCGGCAGGGGGGCUGUUCCACCCCUUCCUGGAAAACACCCGUAUCGGAGAGGACGCUGACACGAUGGCCGCUGACAGCAGAGGCUCCAGCGGCAGGGGAGGACACGCCUCAACAUCCGAGCCCCGGCCUACAACCCCAGCCGACAUCGCAGCGGGAACAGCGGCAGCAAGCAGCCAGGAGCGUCCCGAGCCCGACACGGGGGCUGCAAGCAGCAGCAUGACAGCUUCAACAACACCAGCAGCAGCAACAGCAGCAGCAAGCGUGACAACACGCAAGUCAGCAGCGGCAUUGCUGGAGGAGUAUGCGGCCAUGCACUCGUCAUCGCUGCCGUACAGCCGCCGUCGGCUGCCCGGCGUGCGCUCGUACUCUUCCUUGGAUCGCCUGGAGAUCUGCAUGCCAGCCGACGCCGACGGCAUUGACGUCGCUGGCAUCGCCCCCGCCGCCACCUCCGCUGCCGCCGUCAGGACCAAACUCGCCAGCGUGACGCCCACGUCGUACGCUAGCGACGACGAGCUGUCAGUUUGGAGCCGUCACGCGGACGCAUCGGAUCCAGCCUUCACUGCAUCCAACAAUCUGGAUUUCGAGCACGUGUUGGAGGAUGAGGACGCUUUCCUCCGAAUGCUGCAGGAGUCCACUGCGCCGCAUGCGUCACCGCACGCAACGGCGCAUGGCGGGGACGCCAGGGGCAAGAAGGCUGCGGCUGCUGCCUACGCGCGCGCCCCGCCGGUGGUGGUCCCUGCAGGCGGCAUCCUGCCCUCACCCAGCAUCCCAGACCUGCUUGGAGCUGCGGCAGCUGCUAGGGUUACGACUGCUGUUACAAAAGAUAAGGACAGGGGCCUGGCAAAGGUAAAGGAAGCUUCGAUAAAAGAGGAGAAUGCACCAUCCGGCAUGCUCGCUCGGUUCUUUAUGUUGCGGAGGGUGCGGAAACAGGAGGAGGAGCAGCAGCAGCAGCAGGCGGUGGUGGACGUGGAGGAGGGUUCGCAUCAUGUGGGGCAUACCCAGCCGGGUGCGGGAACCGCGACGGCGCAUGGCGGCGGCGGCUUCGGCGGUACGACGGUGGCCUGGGCGCCUGUGUCGGCGCUGCGGCCGCUGUUGGCGCGAGCGAGGCAGUGCGCGGCUGCGGCGGCAGCGGAGCCCCCCUGGUUGAUGAGCGGACCCACGGACCUAGCCGCCUGGUCUCGCGUGCUGGUGGCAUGUGAUGCGCUGCUGGGACGGGUGGCGGCGUUGGAGAGCCUGGCAGAAGACCACCGGCCGGGGCACACGGCCGCCCUGGGUGACGCCAGCCUGGCUGCUCUGCUGGGCCUAGACAUCGUGGCGCCCUACCGCCGGGUGUACGGGCAGGUGGCGGCCAGCUGCGCCGCCAUGAGUGGGACGGUGGCGGCGUGCAGCGGGGCGGGGUACGGCAGGCCGGGCAAGCCUUUCCCGGCGGUUGGCGGUUGGUCCGACACACGUGAGCGCCUGCACGGCCUCGCUCGUGAGGCCAUGGCGGGCUACUGGGCUCGGGUGCGGGGCACUGCGGCAGGUGCCAGCAGCAGCAGCAGUGCCGCAGCCGCAGCCGCAGCAGCCGCUGCGGGCUUGCUCCCCUUCACCAGCGCCGGGGGGGCCGCUCCUUACCCUCACCCCCACCCUCACCCGCCUGCUUUGGGACGGACCUCUGAGGCAGCAGCAGCAGCAGGGGCAGCGCCGGCGGCGGCUCCUCGCGCGUACCUUGGC